ACCUCAAACAAACCAUUCCUCUCUCUUCUCUCCGUCGUUGCCAUGGCUUGCGCCGAGCAGCCCAUCAAAAAGCGCCGGCUGUAUGAGUCAAUCCCUGAAUCUCAGCCUCCGCCACCACCGCAACCAGAAUCCCAAUCCCCUUCUACGGUGGUAAGCUCGUUCCCAGCUCCGGUGACACCGUCGCCUCCAUCUCAGGAGGAAAUUCAAACGAGAAGCAGGAACAGAGAAGAGAUUCGAAGAGUGCAUGACUGCUAUAAGCGUCUUAAAUCUUGUAUUGGUCAGAGAGAUGGCGGCCGCCGCUCUGCGAACCUUGAGCAAGCGUAUCGCUCCCUCAUCUCCGCUUCCAAAGACAUUGAUGAAUGUGAGGAAGGAAAAGGACGAAACAGCUGUGGAGAACAAACUUGUGUGAAUGUUCCUGGAUCGUGGAGUUGCGAGCCGAAGGAAGCAGAGAAGAUCAAGCCUGUGUUUCAAGGUCUUGUUCUAGGUUUGGCACUAUUGUUCUUGGUUCUUGGGAUAUGGGGAUUGAUCAAAUUCGUUAAGACGAGAAGGAAGAUUAUCCGAAGAAGCAUCGAGCCAACAAGUCGCAACCAGUCCUCGCAAAAUCGAUGCUCUUGCUUUAACGACAACAAUGAUAGCUCUUUCGACAAUGAAGUAUGUUUGGAGCUGAUUCCAGCAACGGUUGAUCUCGAAAGCUAUGUUAUGUGGGAGAUUGUGAUGAUAUGCUUGGAUGAUCGUUUACCUUGAAAUGUUUGUAUAGUAGUUUGUUCAAGUAUUCGUGGACAUUGUCUAGUUGGAUGAGAUUGCGUAUAUCUCUUGAUGGUCAGUUCCAUGUGGACAUAAUUUGUUCAAAAAUAGAGUUCAUAUGUUCAA